GUUAAAAUAACCGUACUCAUUGCCUCUGUUCCUUCUUUUCUUAACAAGAAGGAAACAACAAAAAGAAACAAACUCAAUUGAAAUUAUUGAAAUUGAAUCCUUUCUCAUUAACCCUCGAAUUUUCCCCCAAUUUUCUUCCAAAUCCACCUAUCCAUGGCAGAUCUGCACAACUAAACCAUGACACACACACGCACUAGUUUUCUCCUCUCUCUUUCUCUAUAUAUCUCUCACUCUAUCUCUUACACUUUGUGCAAGUACACACACAUGUGGAUAUAAAAUGUGUGCAUAAUUGGAGGUCCAGCUUUCCUCUGUAGCCUGCAUGUGUGUGCCUGCCUAUGUUUAUUUGUUUUCCUUUUCUUGUUUUCUUACUGUCUGAGGAAUCCUAGGUGAUUUUCGACUUAAAUACAGCUACUUGCUAUUCGAACCAUGAUUCAUAUUUGUUGUCUCCCACAGAACGAUGUAUUUUUGUGUGUUUUUCAGUUGCUAUUGAUGUGCGCCUAUACAUAGGCAUGUGAUUGUGUGUUUGUGGUUAUAUUGUGAUUUGGGUUUCUAAUUUUACACCGUGAGUGUUAUUGGGUGGUUUUUAUUGAAUAUCUGGCACGCAUUCAUAACUUCUGGGAUUUGUUUUCUGAUCCUGUUUGUAUUUUUUUUUCAGCCGAAAUAUUGUUCAAAGAAUUAAUCUUUAUGCAUUUCAUGUUGUAAUUUGGCUUGCUCAUUGAUGGGGUGUUUUUAGAUUUUUCAUUUUUCUCGAUUUUGUUGAUUCAUGGCAUGCGUUUGAUGAUUUAUUAGACUUUCUAUUCUCAUUCCCGAACCCCUCUCACUUUCCCUUUCAAAUACUGUUCAAAGAUCUCAUUUUUGUGCAUUUCCUGUUGUCAUUUUUGUUCAGAUCCUUAAUUUCAUCGUCCAUGCACACUUACUUUGGGCCUUUGGCCUACUUUCUUGCUCUCCCUUAACAAUUUCCAGUUUUUCUCUUACCAAUUUGGAAAAAAAGAAAUAAAAAAAAAAUAAAAACCUGAAAACCCAGAAUGUGGAAGCAAUUCCUCAGUAAACUCCCCCAGAAAAAUUCACCCAGAAACCCUAAUUCUUAUUCUGCCCCAAAUGCACCAUCCCAGCAUUCGGGCCUACACGGGCCGGCCAACACCGCUGCAAAACGGGCCUCAGCCGCGGCUGUGUUCCCAGCCAGCACGAUUGCCGGAAUCGAGCCUCUCCUCGCUUUCAAAGAUGUCCCGAGCUCUCAAAAAACGAACCUUUUCAUCAGCAAGCUUAGUCUAUGCUGUGUGGUAUUCGACUUCACAGACCCCUCCAAACACAUUCAAGAAAAGGAGCUCAAACGGGCCACAUUGCUCGAGCUUCUCGAGUUCAUAUCCGAAAACCCUCCGAAAUUCCCCGAGCCCGCGAUCCUAGCUUCGUGCAAGAUGUGCGCAAUCAACUUGUUCCGAGUCUUCCCACCAAGUACCCGCUCACGGGCCCACAGCCCAUCUGAAAACGACAAUUGGGCCGAGCCCAUAUUCGAGCCCGCUUGGGCCCACUUGCAGAUAGUCUACGAUUUCCUCCUCAAGCUCGUGACUUUAUCUUCCCUUGACACGAAAAUCGCAAAGAAGUACGUAGAUCACUCGUUCAUAUCGAGAAUAAUCGAUCUUUUCGACUCGGAUGAUCCUCGGGAGAGGGACUGUCUGAAAGCUAUUCUCCACAGGAUUUACGGCAAGUUCAUGAUUCACAGGCCGUUUAUAAGAAAGAGCUUAAGCAAUGUUUUUUACAGAUUUGUAUUCGAGAUGGAAAAGCACAAUGGGAUAGCGGAGCUGCUCGAGAUUUUCGGGAGUGUGAUUAUGGGUUUUGCUCUGCCUCUGAAAGAAGAGCAUAAGAUAUUGUUUUGGAGAGCUUUGCUCCCUCUGCACAGGCCCAAGUCUUUGGGGGUUUAUUUUCAGCAGCUUUCGUAUUGCGUGACUCAGUUUGUCGAGAAGGAGCCUAAUCUGGCUAGUGGUGUGAUUAUGGGGCUGUUAAGGUGUUGGCCGAUUACGAACAGUCAAAAGGAGUUGAUGUUUUUGGGCGAGGUUGAGGAGAUUUUAGAGAUGAUGAGCAUGAGCGAAUUCGAGAGAAUCAUGAUCCCAUUGUUCGGUCGGAUUAAAUGCUGCAUAAAUAGUUAUCAUUUUCAGGUAGCUGAGAGGGCCUUGCUUUUUUGGAAUAACGACCAAAUCUUGAACCUUAUUUCGCACAAUCGCCAAGUUAUUCUGCCUAUAAUAAUCCCAGCUCUCGAGAAAAACACACAGAGCCACUGGAAUCAGGCUGUACUCAACUUAACCUUGAACGUACGAAAAAUGCUAAUGGACAUGGAUGAUGCCUUAACAUCAUCCUGCAUUCGCAAUUUCCGAGAGGAACAGAAAAAGUCGAAAUUAGCAGCCGAUAAACGAAAGCUCGUUUGGGAACACUUUGAAAAUAUCGCAAGUCUUCAACCAGUAGCAGAAAACACCGCUGUUCUGGUAAUUCAUUAGACAUAUCAUCGUGUAAUGUUAGAUACAGUUUUUUGUGCAUUUUGAUCUUUUUUUUUCCUUACCUUUUUUUUUCGUUUUAUCUAUGUUGUAUGGCUGUUGGGGCUCGUUUAGAUUAUUCAAACGAAGGCGUGUAGUGUAAAAUUAACAUCUUUUGUUCUUUUCUUUUUCUUUUCUUGAAACUCUUUUUUGUUACUGAUGUUGUACCUUUGGAAAGUUUGAGUGGUAAAUGGUAAUAUACAUCUGUCUGUCUAUCUAUCUAUAUGUCUUCUUCUUC